AUGGCUAAUAAAAUUAAAGCGGUAUUUAUAGAUUUAAGUGGUACAAUCCACAUUGACAAUACUAUUAUUCCCGGUGCUAUUGAAGCGUUAAAAAAAUUGAGAAGUACUAAUGCAAAAAUUAAGUUUGUUACAAAUACAACAAAAGAAUCAAAAUCGUCUUUACAUAAUCGUUUAAUUAAUCUGGGUUUUGAUAUAAAGAAAGAUGAAAUAUUCAGCUCUCUCGCUGCUGCAAGAGAACUUGUUAUUGCUAAAAAAUUCAACCCAUUUUUAAUAAUUGAUCCCGCGGCAAUGGAAGAUUUUGAAGAUUUAAUUAAAACUAAUGAAGAAUCUAAUGCCGUAGUGGUUGGACUAGCGCCGGAUAAAUUCAACUAUGAAAAACUAAACGAAGCUUUUCGACUAUUAAUGAAAGGAGCUUCUUUAAUUGCAAUUCAUGAGGGCCGCUAUUAUAAACGCCCAGAUGGUUUAGCUCUUGGACCUGGUGGAUUUAUUAAGCUUCUUGAAUACUCAGCUAAUGUCAAGGCCGAAGUAGUUGGUAAACCGACAGAAAAAUUUUUCACAACUGCUUUAGAUGGAAUUAGUCCAAGCGAAGCAGUAAUGAUUGGUGAUGAUGUCAGAGAUGACGUAGGUGGAGCACAAGCUGUUGGAAUUAGAGGUAUCCUUGUAAAAACUGGAAAAUAUCGUCCUGACGAUGAAAAAUUAAUAACUCCACCACCAACAAAAGUUGUUUCAUCGUUUGUUCAAGCUGUCGACGAAAUUAUGAAUAAUAUGAGUUAG